GGGAGGGAGAGGACACGAACAGAUGGGUCCUGAGCAACAGAGAGCCCCUUUCUGCAACCCGUCGGCAUCUUUCACGUGGCUGCUGGAACACGGUAUUGGGCGAUACCCGUCUUUCCCUGUCUGGUUGGAGUUGUGCUACUGAGUGGCUGUGGAAUUCUUGCAAUUAAUGAAUUUCACUCCUGGCCCUGUUCUGCGUGUCUUCCUGCCGGGGCCGUGCCGCACGUCCCUUGAAUUGCAGGCUGCCAGGGGGCCGAACAGCCCUCGGGCUCUGCCCCUAUUGGGAAUGGCGGCGGGGCAUCGGAAGACUUCGAAGCACCUCGAAGAGAGCUGGGAGCUCUGUUACACAAGGGGGGGUCAGCGCUUCGUAUGCGCUCAACGGCUGGGGAGGGAGGCAGGAGUCCGUCCCUCACUGCUGGGACAGGGGAAGGUGACGGGUGUGGGGGGGACACGUCUCUUAGCACGAGAAGAUCCGAGAUCAGCACGCAGCACGGCCAGGCAGGACGUAGCGUCCCCCCCCGCCCGGCUCUCCGGGUUCGCAGUCGUGGGCCGCGCGGGGCUCCGCCAGCUCGCCCUCAGCGGGCGGAGCGGACCGGAUGGGGGAUCCGGAGCGGGAGGAAUGCGGGGAGCCCGGCGCAUUGCCGGCGGCGGGGCGAAGAAGAACGGGAGAACAGAAGGCGGAAAAGAGGCGUCGUCCUCCGGGCGCCGUCGGCUCCGCGGGCCGCCCCGUGACCGCCGCGGGGGAGGUGCCGGCCGCGUCCCCGCCCCGCGUGACGCCGGGACGGAAACGGGCGCGGCGCGGGCGGCCGGGAGACGGGCCGCCAUGGAGUUCCCGGACCUGGGGGCUCACUGCUCGUGGGCCGCCUGCCAGCGCCUGGAUUUCCUGCCCCUCAAGUGCGACGCCUGCGAGCGGAUCUUCUGCACCGACCACGUCGCGUACGCCCAGCACGAGUGCACCUCCGCCUACAAGAAGGACGUGCAGGUGCCCGUGUGCCCGCUGUGCAACACGCCGGUGCCCGUGCGGCGGGGCGAGAUGCCCGACGUGGUGGUGGGAGAGCACAUCGAUCGCGACUGCAGAUCCGACCCCGCGCAGCGCCAGCGCAAGAUCUUCACCAACAAAUGCUUGAAGCCCGGCUGCAAGCAGAAGGAGAUGAUGAAGGUGAUCUGUGAGCAGUGCCACAAGAACUACUGCCUGAAGCAUCGGCACCCACUGGACCACGACUGCACUGGGGCUGGGAGGCCUCUCUCUAAAGCGGGGCAUGCUGCGCUUUCCAGGGCCCAGGCGUCCCCCCCACAAGCCAGCAACACAUCGAGUAGCGCUGCCCGGCCUGCAGGGACCCCCCCCUAUCUUCCCCCUGCCAGAGGUGUAGGAGCAGCUGUGCCCCAGGUCCGCAGCACCUCCCCGCCAGCUACCAUACUGCAGAACGGGCUGAGUGAGGACGAGGCGCUGCAGCGGGCACUGGAGAUGUCCCUGGCAGAGUCGGCACGUGGCUCGGCGCAGCCACCCAGCACACAGGAGGAGGAGGACCUGGCACUGGCGCAGGCACUGUCAGCGAGUGAGGCUGAGUACCAGCAGCUGCAGAAGCAGGGACAAGGCUCAAAGCCAUCCAACUGCAGCAUGUCAUAGGCACGUAGGGGCUGUGCCAGUAGAUGUGGCAUCCUGCUCGUGGCACAAGGAGCAGCCGUGGCACCGCAUGUGGAUGCUGUGGGGUCCUGGCCUGAGUGCCACCAGGAGCCACCUGAUCUCCCCAGGGCUCUAAGCAAGCCACAGAGCGCACGCCAACGUCUCAUCCCGCAUGCAGGCGGUGCAGCAUGCUCCUGGAGAGGUGGGAGCUGCAGGGUGACUGAGCACAAGCUGAGCACGGCGACUGCAGGUUGGGCCAUCUCCUCAGGAGGAGCCCAAAGGGGCAUCUGGGGGCAGUGCCCACCAGGGGAUGGUGGUGCGCUCAGGUUGGGGUGAGGGAGUGCUUUUGUGUCAAAGUGCUGCUUGGGAGAAAAUAAAGGCAUGGCCAAGGUA